AUGUCAUCGAAAUCAGCAGCAGCCAUCUUACAACGACAAUUUAAAGAUUUAACUGAUCCUAAAAAAGGAAUCCCAUCAUUCCAUAUUGAAUUGGACGAUGAUAACAUUUUCUUGUGGAAUAUUGGUGUUAUGGUAUUAAAUCCAGAUUCAUUAUAUCAUGGAGGUUAUUUCAAAGGUCAAAUGAGAUUUCCUCAGGAUUUUCCAUUUUCACCUCCAAGUUUCCGUUUCACUCCUGCAUUAUAUCAUCCAAAUGUUUAUCGUGAUGGUAGAUUAUGUAUCUCUAUAUUACAUCAAGGUGGGGAUCCAACCAGUGAUGAACCAGAAAGUGAAACUUGGUCACCAGCACAAACUGUUGAAAGUGUUUUGAUUUCAAUCAUUUCAUUAUUGGAUGACCCAAAUGGUAAUUCUCCAGCCAAUAUCGAUGCUUCUGUUGAAUUUAGAAAAAAUUUCCCAGAAUAUAAAAGAAGAGUUUUAGCUGAAGUUGAAAGAAGUAAAAAAGAUAUUCCUGAAGAUUUUGUCAUGCCAGAUGAUGCAACAAACGCUUAUUCUAAUAAUUCAGGUAUUAAAAAAGAUGUUGUUGAAGAACAAGUUGAUGAAGAUUUUUGGUAUGAAAGUGAUGAAGAUGAAAGUUUUGAUGAAGAAAGUUUAAUGGAUGAAAAUAUGGAUGAUGAUCAAUUUGAUGAAGAAGAAGAAGAAGAGGAAGAAGAACAAGAUGAAGACAUGGGUGGUAAAUAA